AUGGUUUCUACUUCAAGGGCAACCAUUUAUUCCCUUGUUUAUCUCCUCCUCUUCAUCUAUGCCCCUUUAGGCAUACUUGGGAAACAACCCGACUUUGAAACAUCUUUUAUCGGUUCAUGGGUUAUAGACAAUCCAGAUUCAGGUGUGUCGGCAAUGCAAAUGCAAUUGCUUCCUUACAACAAGAUAAUCAUAUUCGAUCUCACAAACAGUGGUCAAUCAAACAUCUCAUUGCCUGGAAACGAGACCAAUUGUCGUCCAAUGCCCAAGGGUUCACUCAAUGAGGAGAUUAAGUACGAUUGUUGGGCUCACGCGGUUGAGUACGAUGUUGAUAAUGCCGCCGUUCGACCUCUCAAGAUAUUAACCGAUUGUUGGUGCUCGUCGGGAGGUAUGGCAAGUGACGGAACCCUAAUUAGCACAGGCGGUUUUAAGGACGGGGCUAGGGCCAUUCGCACAAUGUCUCCAUGUGAAGAUUGUGAUUGGCUGGAAAAUCAAAUGGGACUAGGUAGUCCCAGAUGUCGCAGGUAUGCAACUCAAGAGAAGCUAGAAGAUGGAUCAUUCAUCCUUGUAGGAGGUCGAGAUCAAUUCACAUACGAAUUCUUCAAAGGAACAUUAGAGAACGAAAUAAGACAAGUGGAAUUUCCUUUCCUUUUACAAACAAAAGACGAAUUCGAAGACAAUCUCUACCCCUUCACCUAUCUCCUCCCCGACGCCAACCUUUUUAUCUUCGCCAACGAUCGAGGAAUCAUUCUCAACCCUAAAACCGGUAGAGUUGUUCGCACACUCCCUAAUCUCACGGGCUCUCGUAGCUACCCGGGCACGGGCAUGUCGGCUCUCCUCCCGUUAAAAUUCUCCUCCCCGGAAGCUAAAUCCCCCGACUCAGUCGAGGUUCUCAUUUGCGGAGGGAACAAGAAAGAAGCCUUCCCGAUGGCACAAAUCAAAAAGCCACGACCAAUAUUCCUACCGGCUUUCCAAGACUGUGGUAGGAUCAGACUGAGUGACUCGGAUCCAAAAUGGGAGAUUGAGAUGAUGCCAUCAAGGAGAGUAAUGGGAGACAUGUUGAUUCUCCCAAACGCGGAAUUGCUAUUAUUAAACGGCGCUAGUAAUGGCUCAUCCGGUUGGCGAAUGGCCGAGGUACCGAAUCUAACUCCCGUGGUUUAUUCCCCAAACAAGAGUCCCGGCCAAAGGUUCAAGGAAAUGGCUAAAACGACUAUCCCUCGCAUGUACCAUUCCUCGUCAGCGGUACUCCCAGAUGGGAAGGUGCUCGUCGCGGGGAGCAAUACAAACCCUAACUACGACUUCCGACCUAAAACCAGAUACAAAACCGAGCUACGAGCUGAGAAAUUCUCACCUCCUUACCUAGAUCCAGCCCUAGAGGUGAACCGGCCUCAAAUAUCCCAGGAUCUAUCGCAGAGGAAUUUAACGUACGGCCAUCAAUUCUUAGUUGUAGUGACGGUUUUGGACAACGUUAAUGUAAACGUCGAGGAUUUGAUGGUGACGUUAUAUGCGCCGCCUUUUACGACGCAUGGAUAUUCACAUAAUCAAAGGAUGAUUGUUUUGACUCCGGUUAAAUUAACGGGUAAAAUUUUGAAAAUGAUAGCGCCUCCAGGCCCGACUAUUGCCCCGCCCGGGUAUUAUUUGCUUCAUGUGGUUCAUCGCGGUGUACCUAGCAAAGCGAUGUGGGUUCAACUUACGAACGAUAAUGAGUAUAAACCGUGUGGAUAUUUUAAGGUCCAACUACGAAGUCGAAUCGGUGGUAUGAUUCCAAACCCUGUGGGAGUUGUUAAUCCUCCCAUACCCGAUGAUAUUGGUUCCCCAUACCCGAUCAAUUCUUUAGUGCCUUUUGGUUUGAUCUUCUAG